AUGGCGCUCAUCAUCACUGUGCUGGCGUUCUGCCUGACCGUGGCCGGUGUGGUGCUGGUGUGCUUCUACGCGCCGUGUCUGCGCGACCACCUGGUGAGCGCCAAACGAGAGGCCAGGACUCGACGGCGGUGGGACGGAGCGGCCACCGAGCUGGCCACCGUGACGGCAGAAGCCGAGCAGCAGCGGGGCGUCGAUAACCCCAUGGUUCCGCCGGACUAUACUGAAGAGGAGGACCUGGCAGGCGGAACUUGCAGCCGAGAUGGGGCCGCACCGGUAGUAGUUCCGACGCACCAGAGCCGCUGCGGCCGUCCGGCUCGCCCUCACUACUUAGCGACAGCGGGCCGGCUGAGGCUGGACGCCGCACCACCGACGGGCUACGGCGUGCCACAGUGGCGGCGGCCGCCCGCCCCGGGUCUCAGCGCAUGGCAGCCGCUGGACCCGGCCCUGUGGCUGCUUCAUCAGACCGGCUGGAGCCCGUCCGCUGCCGGCCCGGCAGCUCAGUGUGACCCGCCGCCCGAGUACUCCGAGGCCGGGCCGUCACUGGCGCCGACAGAUACCGUCCCUCCGGCGACAGAGGCGUCCCUGAGCCGUCCGCCGAGAUCGGAGCUCGGAGCUCCGCCGCCCGAGGAGGCCUGCGAGCCGCAGCCGCAGCCGCCGCCGGCCGGCGCAGCUGCUGACGGCGCCGGAUUACCGCAGAGUGAGCCGGCGCUGCCGCAGCCGUUGACGCCGCGCCAGUUCCAGUGCCAGUGGGAGCGGCUGGGGGCGGUUAUGGUGCCCGACGAACCGCCGCCGCCCUACUCGCCGGCUGACCCCCGCGGCAUCUCGCUGGACAUGCUGUCUGUCGAGGCCAUCGUGCCCAUUCGAGACACGACGAUAUGCAAAUGGACGGCCCGCAUGUGA